CCACCAGUGGCUGCUCGGCCUGGAGUCACUUCACCAACACUCGCUGACGAAGCUCUACAUUCUGACAUCCCUGACUUAAGAUGUGUUCCAGUUUGUCCUACUGCGCAAGGGAGAUGGAUGUGUUCUAUCAAGUGUCUUGACAUCUUCAUGCGGGACUGGACCAUCAGAGCUCGUGUCACAGGGAAGUCUGACAUUCGACCCUACCAGUCGGGAGGAGGGGGGUGGAUUUUCACCGUCACAUUGGUGGACGAGUCUGAGGAAAUCGGUGGAGUUGGCUUCAAUGGUGCUGUCGAUGCCAUUUGCGACAAGCUGGACCCGGGAAAUGUGUAUUAUAUUUCACAAGCACGCGUGGUCGAGGCAAAGGAGAAAUUACGAGCCUGGCGCAAAUACGAACUGAGAUUUGAUAAGGACACAAAAGUGGAGAAGUGCCUGGAGCCGACCAGUAUACCAAUCAAUAGGUAUAACUUCAUACCGAUUGCGUCGCUCGGAGAAUUGAAACCUGGUUCUUACUGUGAUGUUAUUGGUAUAUUGAAGGACAUCGGCCCCCUGAGAAAGAGGCUUUGUGCAACCACUGGAAGAACGGCCACUAAUCGCCACCUUAACAUUGUGGACAAGUCUCAGCAUGUUGUCAGGGUUACACUGUGGGAAAAGCUGGCGGAAAGAUUCCUUGCAGAAGACCUCUCGGUUGUCGCAUCGAAGACCGUAUGGGUCGGAGAUUUUCGUGGCAGAUCACUAGAGAUGAGAAUUUUUAGCGUCAUAACGGUUUCUCCGGACAUUGAAGAGGCUCACCUCCUGCGCCAAUGGUAUGAUGCCAUUGGAGCAAACGCAACAUUUCAUUUUUACCCUAGCACAUCGGUUUUGUGAAGUUUAUCAACGACAUAAGCUGUGGGGGCUUUCGGUUUUGUUAGGAAAGCAUGUAGUAUGUAGUCCUGUUGUCGUGCACGUGACGAAACGCGACCAUUGAACGCGACGACGAUGUCGACCCCCUCCGAUGCAGUGAAACAACUCCAAGACAAGCUGGAAAUCGCGAAACUACACAUCCUCGAUGCCCGCGCGGAACUGAAGUCCUAUCACUUUGAAAGCCUUGACGAC